AUGCGCUCUUGGCUUCUGCGCUGCUCACCAGGGCUUGCCACUGCGCAGGUGGUGCCCCGUGCUGCCUAUGCGCUGUGUCUACACACACCCCACCGCUGCGUUUUCGUCCGUGAGCUCUCCACCCCGGUCACUCUCGAGAGCAGCAACAGAAGCGUUACUCCUUUCCCCGCACGCCUUCUCUGGCAGUUCAGCAGCAAGCGACCGCGGCACCUUGUGCUCUGCGUACGAAAACCUCUCCCUGCUGUGGUUCCCCUCGCCUCGGAGGACGCCUUUGAGGAGUGGAGCGAUGCUGAAGCGGCUGAGGCACUGACAAAGCGGACCGCCGCAGUCGAUGGCGCACCACGUACACCAGAGGACUACAUGUACGGGCGCCUGUUCUUGCGUCCCUACAAUGUGGCUCAACUUUUGACAGUGUUGCAGGGCUGGUCGGAUUUGCCUGCCGUGGUGGAGCGACCGCGCUCCUCCUUGACACUGAGCGCCGUGCCACCGGCGUCGACAUCAGCAAAGCUGGCAAAGCGCAGCAACGUCGACGUGCGACCAAGGGAGGUGAUGCUGACGGCUCGCUUGACGCGAAAAAUGUUCUCGGCAACUCUCGGAGGCUCAGGCAGGGCCACCAUCGCAGAGGCUGCGACUCACCCGUCCGCGGAUUCCGAUCCUGCUACCGAGGAAGACUAUCCCGACUCUGUCUACGUGGACGGCGACGUGUGCACGCUGCGCGUGGUACUUCGCGACGCCGACCUCAUUCUCUUCACCGUCCAUCUUGAGAGCGUUUUGAGCGACCUCUUUGCCAUUGAGCACUACAGUCGUAAGCUGGAGCGGUGUAAUACCUUCGACUCACAACCCAGCCGUGUGUGCCAUCGAACCGGCGCCAGGUUGAGCUCGUUCGUGAGGUCUUCGGCAAGACCGCCGCAGUAUCUUAGUCACCGGUACACGCCUGGUUCGAGGGCCCACGGUGACACGAUGGAACCGCGUUACCGGAGCCACCAUCCUCAGCGCAGCAACCAUGGCAGCAGUCACCAUCACAAUGCCACCACUGCUGCUGCGAACACCGCCGCUACCGGGCCCACGGAGAGUGGCAAGGGGCCGGAGGACUCGAAUUUCUUUGCAGCGACAUCCGCGAAGGCUGCGCCGACGACGGCCGCAAACGAAGCGGAGGAUGACGACUACAAGGAGACCCUGGAAGAUGUGGAGGAGGCCGAAGACGACGAGGACGACAGCGAGGCUGCCGCAGAAACUAGUGAUGCAGCUACGCCAUCGACCCCAGCUAUGGCCCCCUCGUCUUCUGCUGCGUCUUCGACCUCGUAUGUCGCCACCCACACGCGAGAGCGAGGCCAGAUGACGAUGGAGUCGACGGACCGCUACGCCGAGGGCCGCUUUGUGCGCGAUGGCAGUGUAGCCGCAUCUGAGGUGCAGGAAGUGAGCCGCGUCGGUGCUUUCGAUGUGCUUCACCGCACCUGGCAGGCGCAAGGGAGCACGGAAAAGGACGACGCGCAGACGACGGUGCAUGCCACGGCGACCACCGGCGCAUUCCGCUCCGCCAGCGGGGAGGUGACCGGCCGCUUCUCAUAUGAGCGCUUGUCCACGACGACAGAGACGACGUCAGCAAAGACUGCGGCCGCUGCAGCUGCAGGGACUGCCAUUCCUCUUCGUCGGAAAGCUGCAGAGGGCGCCCAAGAGGCGACCGCCACGAUCGAAGUCACGGCAAUAGGAUCGAAGUCGAGUGCAGUGGUGGACGGCAUGAAACCAUGUGAGAGCAAGUCGCACGAACACCAAAAGAAAAAGGAGGAGGGUGCGGGCACGGAGGCUACCAAGCCGACUCGCAAGCGCCAUCUCAGCGACAGCACUACUGCGCCCGGUAAGAAGAAGACGGCCAAGAGGAAGUCUAGGAAGGCGCCGGUGAAGCGCAAGGCUUCCACCUCUACCGCCACUUCUGUAUCUGCGUCCCAAGGAACGGCCGAGUUCGCCGACACCACGACAUUCUAG